AUGCUGAACAGCCGGGACUGGGGAUACCUUCACUCGGGUUUGUGUCUGUGGCUAUGUGGAUUCUUGGCUUUCUUUAAAGGCAGCACAGGCUGUGCGUCUGAAGAACAACUCUUCCACACACUGUUUGCUCACUACAACCGCUUCAUCCGGCCAGUGGAAAAUGUUUCCGAUCCUGUCAUGGUGCAUUUUGAAUUGGCAAUCACGCAACUGGCCAAUGUGGAUGAAGUCAACCAGAUUUUGGAGACCAAUCUGUGGCUGCGUCACAUCUGGAAGGACUACAGACUGUGUUGGGAUCCGACAGAGUAUGACGGUAUCGAGACACUUCGUGUUCCAGCAGACAACAUCUGGAAGCCUGACAUUGUCCUGUACAACAAUGCCGUUGGAGACUUCCAGGUUGAAGGCAAGACCAAAGCUCUUCUCAAGUAUGAUGGGGUGAUAACCUGGACCCCACCAGCCAUCUUUAAGAGCUCCUGUCCUAUGGAUAUCACCUUCUUCCCGUUUGAUCAUCAAAACUGCUCCCUGAAGUUCGGUUCCUGGAGUUACGACAAGGCAAAAAUCGACCUUCUCAUCAUUGGUUCUAAAGUGGACAUGAGCGAUUUUUGGGAAAACAGUGAAUGGGAAAUUGUCGAUGCCUCUGGCUACAAGCACGACAUCAAGUACAACUGCUGUGAAGAGAUUUACACAGAUAUAACCUACUCCUUCUACAUCAGGAGGUUGCCCAUGUUUUACACCAUCAACCUCAUCAUUCCCUGCCUCUUCAUUUCCUUUCUCACUGUACUGGUCUUUUACCUUCCUUCCGACUGUGGCGAGAAAGUGACUCUUUGCAUCUCUGUUCUGCUUUCUCUAAGUGUCUUUUUGCUGGUGAUUACAGAGACCAUCCCAUCCACGUCUCUUGUGAUCCCACUGGUGGGUGAGUAUCUACUGUUCACCAUGAUCUUUGUCACGCUGUCCAUUGUGGUGACCGUGUUUGUGCUGAAUAUACACUACAGGACCCCAGCCACACACACCAUGCCCAAGUGGGUGAAGACCAUCUUCCUUCAGGUGUUCCCCUCCAUUCUGAUGAUGAGGAGGCCUCUGGACAAGACGAAGGAGGCAGGUGGUGUUAAGGACCCCAAAAGCCAUACCAAGAGGCCUGCCAAGGUCAAGUUUACUCAUCGAGGAGAACCCAGACUUCUAAAGGUGUGCCACCACUGCCAAAAAUCAAGUGAGACAGUACCUGGCAAGAGAAGGUUGAGCCAGCAGCCUGCACGGUGGGUGGCAGAGAAUUCAGAGCACUCGCCGGAUGUUGAAGAUGUGAUCGAUAGUGUUCAAUUCAUAGCAGAAAACAUGAAGAGCCACAAUGAAACAAAGGAGGUAGAAGAUGACUGGAAAUACAUGGCCAUGGUGGUGGACAGAGUCUUUCUUUGGGUAUUUAUAAUCGUCUGUGUGUUCGGAACUGUGGGGCUAUUUCUACAGCCACUGCUUGGGAACACAGGAAAAGCUUAA